AUGGUCGUCAAGAUCUACGGCACGAGCCGAGCUGUGUCGCCGCAGAGGGUAAUGCUCUGCCUCUUGGAGAAGGGCGUGGAAUUUGAGCUCGACCACGUCAACCUCGACACUAUGGAGCACAAGGAGCCGGAGUACCUUGCCAAGCAGGUGGUAACCAGAGCUCGAGGGAAAGCCGCCCUUCGUUUCGCCUUUCUUCUCCUCCUCUUUGCGUCUCUGACCACCGGAUCUGGUCGUCUUGCAGCCCUUCGGGAAGGUCCCCUACGUCGAAGAUGGAGACUUCAAACUGUACGGUGAGUUCCGGAUAAAUUUUAGGUCUUUUUUCCUGUCUUAAGAUUCCAGUGUAUUACUUCCUUCCCCGAAUGAUUAAAAUGAAUUCAAGAACAUGAACACGAUAAUUUUCAAUAAAUACUCUCAGAAGGAUAAUCAGCAGUUUCUUACGUUGUCCUGCAUAAAAUAAAACCGCCGGCACAGCCACAAUUAAACCAACUUACGUUCGAAAACGAGCAUACAAGCUUAUGUUAUGAACUCACCGAUUAUAUCCGUAUUUAGUUCUAUCAUUUCCUGAAAUCCCACGUUAGAGUGCCCCAAUUAAACGUUCAGAAAAUAGAAAGCCACCGAUCCUGACGACUCCAGAAAAACCUAGAUUUCUUAUUUAAAAAUGAGUCAUGUAACCUAUGCUAGAAUUACCAUCCAUCUCUAGAGAUACAUUUUGAUCGGUUAGAAUUAGGAUCUUCCUGAAGCCCGGCCGAUCAUCUCACCUGCAGAGUCCAGGGCGAUUAUUAGGUAUUACGCGGCCAAGCACGAGAACAGCGGGCCGCCGCUCCUGGGUCGGACGCUUGAGGAGCGGGCGGUGGUGGACCAGUGGCUGGACGUCGAGGCGAUCACCUACGACGCGGCGGUGUUCCCCGUCGUGUUCAACAAGGUCAUCCUCCCACGGCUGGGCGUACCAGGGGACAUGGCGGCGGUCCAAAGCGGACUGGAGAAGCUGGAGAAGAUCCUCGACAUCUACGAGCAGCGGCUCUCCACGAGCAAGUACCUGGCCGGCGACAAGUUCACCCUCGCCGAUCUCAGCCACGUCCCCGCGACAAGGCGACUUAUCGACGACGCCAACUUCGGUGACCUAUUCGCGAAGAGAAAGCAUCUCACGGCCUGGUGGGAGGACAUCUCCGGGCGGCCCUCCUGGAAGAAGGUGUUGGAACUAGAAAGAUCCUCCCCCCCUCCUCUCUGA